AUGAUUGCUGUUUCGAUGAAGAGCCAGCAUCCUCAUCUACAUAACUCCGAUCCAAAUUCCUCCGACAACGCCUCCCUGUCUGCUGCGAAUACACCUCCAAACACCGUCACACAGAAACAGCCUCAGAGUUCGACGACUACUAACACAAUGCUGGCCGUCGCUCCCCCUUCAAUACCUCCCUCACCAAUCCUCAACACCAACGGGGUACAAAAGCGACCCAAGCUGUCGCUCCAGACGUCGUGUCUGCCAGUUACAUUUGGAAACUCCACGACGGGUCUGUCGCUGAACCAUUCCGCUAGCUGCUCUCCAUCUCCCACGGUCAAAAACACCUUUAGAAACGCCUACGACGCAUAUCGACAUACACCCUCACCGGCCCCAACACUACGAGCGGAGCCUUGCACAAAGGAUCCGAAGCCAACAUCGAAACAGGAAGCUCUACCCGCCAACUAUAGCCGACACAGCCACGAUGAGCUCCCCUACCAGCUCCCUCUGGGCAUCCGGGGUAUCCUGCGCAACUCUCCCAUAGUCGCAUCGUCGCUAAGGCGGGCAUCACUUUCGGCCACCUCCGUCAACGGAUCUGGAAAUGGACGACGGGCCCUGUUCCCGGCCAAAAAGCGCGUGCACUACCGGUGUCCCAUCGACGAGGAAAUCAAAACCGUACGUUUUAUCGCCAAACAUUCCGACCUCACAUCCCCAAGUGGCUAUUCGUGCUCCUCCUCUUCCGCUUCUUCCUCAUCCUCCUCAGAAGGAGAAUCCGCGUCGGACAGCUCAGAAUCAUCCGGCGCUUCGGACGAAGACAGCACAUCCACUCAUAAAGAAACGGGUGGUACUAGCUCGCCGGGCAAGCGCAAAAAACACGCCCGCAGCAUGAGACAAAUUCGUGCCGCAGGGCUUCGCGACAGGGUGCCGUGCCCGGACGAUGACGUCGAAACUCCGCAGACACCCGUAAACCGUCGCAGAAAACGCCAACGACAAUGGAGAUGGACCCUGGGCCCGAUCAAGGACGGUCAUGUGCUCCCCAGCCGGGAUGAUGGGUCCAAUGCGGCUGUACAAGAGACAGACCCGCAGCCAGCCUCGCUGGCAAUCCAAGGUGGGAAGAGCCCAGGUGUCAAUAUCGUGAUCCCCAUGCCGCCAUCUAUCUACACAGUUUAA